CAGGACACAGCGGGGAGGCGGAGGUGGAGAGAUACGGGCGCAGUCGGGAUGGGAGAGGACGCGUUGAGGAGGGAGCCCGCUCUCUAACCAUGGACAUUCUGCUGCUGAGCAGCCUGCACGUUUUUGGAAUAAGGACUUAAAACACUUUGCAUAUUGCGUUCUCUUUCUUUUUUCCUUUUUUUCCCUUUACCACAGAAGAGACUUAUAUGCAGGAUGUGGCAGAUCGCAGGUGAGGAGAGAAGAAAAUUGCCAUUUGCUGUAGAUUUAUGUAGUAAAAUACCCAAGUCCUAAUGGGAUAUCUCUACACAUUAUUUCCGUGAAUUUUCAUUUUUUAAAAGUCAUAUCUUGACUAUAAAAGAAAGACUCCAAGAAGAAUGGAUUUCUUUAAUAGCUCCAGUCUAGAGGUCGGCAUAGAGGCAGAUAAUAUCUCCUCUAAUUCCACCUCUCAGAGCCAGUACACGCAGCUCGCUAUCUGGGGUCUGGCCGGACUUGUCAGCUUUCUGAUUUUGUUUACAAUAGUCGGGAACGUCUUGGUUGUUAUCGCUGUUUUAACGAGCAGAGCUCUGAAACCACCCCAGAACCUUUUUCUCGUCUCCCUAGCCAGUGCGGACGUACUGGUGGCCACGCUUGUCAUGCCCUUUUCUCUGGCAAAUGAACUCAUGGGCUACUGGUUUUUUGGCAAAAUAUGGUGUGACAUCUACCUGGCCCUGGACGUUUUAUUCUGCACCUCUUCUAUUGUUCACCUGUGCGCUAUCAGUUUGGACAGGUACUGGUCAGUGACACAGGCGGUAGAGUAUAACUUAAAGAGAACACCUAAAAGAGUUAAAGGGAUGAUUGUGGUGGUAUGGUUGAUCUCAGCGGUUAUCUCCUUCCCCCCGCUGAUUUCAAUGGACAGGAGCAGCAAUGAGGCCAGUCCCCAGUGUAUCCUGAAUGAUGAGACCUGGUAUAUCCUCUACUCCAGUAUUGGCUCAUUCUUUGCCCCCUGUGUCAUCAUGAUCCUGGUCUAUAUUCGGAUCUACCAAGUGGCAAAGACGAGGACCAGAACAAUGUCAGAGAAGAAGAGGGACGUGGACUCGCCACUGGAGAAUGGGAUGGACCAAGCCGAACCAGGCAAAGGCGGGUCAUUAAAGUCCAACAGGGGCGGGAGCAUGAAAGACCAGGAACGUGAGAAUGGGCACUGCCAAGAGCAGGUGGUUCGAUCCCCUCUACCAAACGAGCCGAAACAUCCACCGACAGAUCACGACGACGAUUUCGAUGACAGCAGCUCGUCAGACGAGAAACCUAAAAAAAGUUCCAGUUCCUCCAAACAUCAUCAUGACAACAGAAAAGAUAGGAAGUCCAGUCGGAAAAGUAGCUCCGCCUCUAAAUACUCCAGCAGGAAGUCGCGCACCAGCUCCAAGUCUAUGGAGCUGUUCUCAUCUCGACGCAAACGCAGGAGCACCGUCAAUCGGAAGAAAGUCUCUGCUGCUCGGGAGAAGCGUUUCACCUUCGUCCUCGCCGUUGUCAUGGGCGUUUUCGUCGUCUGCUGGUUCCCGUUCUUCUUUUCCUACAGCCUGUACGGAAUCUGCCGGGAGCCGUGCCAGAUCCCUGAGACGCUUUUCAAGUUCUUUUUCUGGAUUGGCUACUGUAACAGCUCUCUAAACCCAGUCAUCUACACCAUCUUCAAUCAGGACUUCCGCAGAGCCUUCCAGAAGAUCCUCUGUAAGUCAUGGAAACGUUCUUUCUGAAUGCUCCCUGCAUGGAUGGGCUGUAAUAGACAUUUUACCUUGCAGACACAAAUUUGAAGUGUUCUGAGCUGUAGGUUAAAGUGCUGGCCUGGGGGGCUGUCACAAAUUUACUUUCAGGGAUUGGACUAGAAAUGAAAGGAUGCUGAAGGGAUCAAAGGAUUGAACUAAGGUGUAGAAAGGGGGUUUAAGAUACAAGAGUAAGCUGAUUGAGGAGGCUUUCAUUCAGCUCCAUCCAGGCUGCUUUUGGACUCUGAUGUGGGCUUUGGCUCAUUCCCCCUCCUCACUUGACUUCUUCUCCCUUCAUUUAAAUACAAUAAACUGACUCAUAACAGUUACUGUGAUGCAUGCACGCCACAGUGGCUAAACUUGCAUGAACUGCACAGGAGGCGAAGGGUUUUCAGAGACACUUUAUUUACAAUGUGACCUCAUUCACUGAAUAUAAUGCGAAGGCCUCGACAAUCUCCACACAAGCGUUGUUUGUGACGUUAGACAGUGUUACCUAUCUUCUCUCUCUGUCUCUUGCUAUGUUUCUUUCUCUACCUUCCUAUUACGUAACACUCUCAACAUGAGGACCAAUGGGACGAAGGGGCUCCUUGCUUACUGUUUCAGAAGCAAAACCGUUUCACUAAAAACAAAACAACAAAAAAAAGACUCAUCCAUAAAAACUAAAGUCCCACUUCUGCUUCAGUGUUCUGUGUGUGUCCAAACUGGGAACUGCAGUGGAAACUUUCUAUCAGGACGUGUGUUUUUUUGUGUGAUCUUGUACAUGUGGCUUGGACACUGUCUGGGUAUGGUGCGUCUCUCCCAGGCAAGUGUUUGUACCCUCUGAGAAAUAUAUGGAAUACAUCAGUACUGUUGGGGCAGAUAGGCGCCCAAUGAGGCUGUCACUGUGUGUGUGUGUGUGUGUGUGUGUGUGUGUGUGUGUGUGUGGAGAGAGUGUGUGUGUGUGAGAGAGAGAGAACAAGAAAGAGGACUAUAUAACAUGUGGAAUUUUGUUGUGAUAAGGUGAGCCACAGAGUUUACAGCAUCUUAACCCAACUGCCAGUUAGUGAUUGUCUGUGUCUGUGUGUGUGUGUGUGUGUGUGUGUGUGUGUGUGUGUGUGUGUGUGUGUGUGUGUGUGUGUGUGUGUGUGUGUGUGUGUGUGUGUGUGUGUGUGUGUGGUCAAAAUCAAAAAAGUGUCUUUCUAUCCUUGUCCAUCCUAUUUUCUGUCAAAUGUGUUUUCUCUGCCUUGCAGCCACAAAAGCACUAACCCACAGUAAAAAACAAACACCGUAUCACUCUGCUGUCAUGUCUGCUGCUUACACUGACAUAUGAAUGCACACACACACGCGCACACACACACACACAAAUUAUUAUUAUAUACACAAAGAUAUUUUCAUCAUCUUUACAUUUCAAGCAUUUAUAGCCAGAAGGACUAAGGUUUUUUUCCCCCUCAUGUAAAUAAUUGAAGACAGUACAGUACUUUGGUGUGGUGCCUCAUAAUCACACAUGUAUCUAUAUUAUAAAAAUGUAUUGUUUUUUCGCUCUAAAAGGUUUUAAUGUCACACCGACCUCUGUCCUUUUCUAAAAGAACAAGUGUUUACUUAUCUGCUUUGAGCACAUUGAAAAAGAUCAAAUAAAGAGAUUACUUCGACUGUCUUUUGAAAACUAAAAGAGUGCAGGACGGCAUUCUUCAUCACUGUUAUUUAUAGAUUUUUUUUACCGUUGUGAAACUGUUUAUUUAUUAUUUACAUUGACGCUGUCAGUGGUGUGACUCAGAACAUAUGCGGAAUGAUUUGUUUUUAAGUGCAAUCAUUUUCAGGUAGCCUCUGUGGUAAGCUGCUAUUAUUCAGACUUGAGAGCAUCAGUGAGAUUAAAAAUGGAAAUUAACAUCAUUGACAUUCAUCAUCAAAAUUCUACGUUAUGUUUGUGAUCUGUAAUAAAUCAGACUUGAAAUGUUUCAGAGUACACAGCUCAUAGAAAGUUGAGAGGGAAACUGAAAUGAUGCUCUGAAUUCACAAACAAUGUCAAUGCUAUGUUUAUCAAAACUGCAACAUUUUGUUCCUCUAUGAAACAACAACUCCUCUGUAUUGGUGUCAAAACUGCAACAACCAAUCAAAACAGUAGUCAAAUCUAGCUUGUGGAGUAGAUCAUUGAAUAAAAUUAUGAUUUAGUAGCAAUCUUCAGUGUAUUUGUCACAAAAACCAGUGAGCCUCGAGUGAUGAUAAGCUGACUGACCUGAGUCAGUUAGACCAAGCCAAAACAUCAACAUAUAAAAAAUAUUUUGUAUGACAGAAUAAUCAACAAUAUCCACUUUUACCUGAUCAUUAGUGUUUAAUAAGAUGCUGUUUAAAGUCUGUUUAAAUUAACACAUUUGGUAAAUGUCACGUGGUGGAAGAAGGGGUAGUUAAGCUAUUAUUGGGCUAGAACUGGGAAUUACAGCAUACAAUUAAUAAAAACAUCUCCAGAAUGAGACAAUUAAUUUUACUUUAACAUCAGAGAACACAAUAGACAAAGUGAACUGGUUGUUGUCUUCCUACUUUCUGUCUCUCUCCACUAUGUGAAUGUUUCAUCUUGAUCCCAUCAAGUAUUUGCUUUUUGAUUUGUUGUUGCAGCCAGUGGUUCUAUAGUAUAGUAUAGUAUAAUAUAGUAAGGUCUAUGACCAAUAACAUUGCAGUCUUAACUGACUCCAUGCUGAUGAUGGGCAGGACAUCAACACAAGAGCUUGGGUUUGACUGUACAUGCAAAGUUUUGAACUUGUGAGAAUCUUUUGUAAAUGAGGCUCACAAGAAAAACUACCCGGAUUAACAUUGCUAAGCUGCUUCCUCCAAACACUGAACAGACAAAAUGAGACAUCACAGAUUACACACUAAUGUCAUCAAAGUCAGAAUCAUAACAAAGGCUUCUGUAGGAUUUUUGCUCUCCCUCCUUCACUUCUUAUACGUCACACAAAAAUGGUUCUGAAAACUUUGAUUUGGUUUACCAAAGAUGUAAGCUGUUAUUUGAAUGAUAUGGUAGGAACAGUUUGUGUCUGUUCGCAGACAGUUCUGGCUCACCCACUGUGUCUGAGACCCUGUAGCCGUAGGUGUAAACAAUAUUCGCCUUUUCCACUAGAGCAUUAUUUAGUAUAUCCUCCAGAGAUGUAACUGUUAACUGUAUAUUAACCACACUACAUUUGUACACUGUGUAGUACCCAGGAGUGCUUUCACAAAGCCUGAUGGGUGGUUAAGACCAGACUGUGUGGUAGCAUCAAAUUAAGUCAAUGCCGCUGUUUCAUUUUUCUUUAUCGUGCAACUUCUACACCUGUGUCCUUCUACAAGCAUCAAUAAAAGUUACUGGAGAAGUAA